AUGGUUUUUGUAUAACAUGGUCUCCCUAUUUGGCUGGCUCAGGCAGAACAAGUCUGAAGACUACGGGCAAAUCCUCGAGAAACUCGUAUUCGACAUCCAGAAACGCGAGACGCGCCUCUCGGAGAUCCGGCUGCGCGAGCGGCGGUCGACUCUCUUCUUCUCAAUCUACGCAGUCGCCGCAUGGAUAGUAUGGACGGGCAUGUGGUACACGGGGUUCUUGCCAGACAUCAGUGGCCACAACCAUAACAGUGGUUUUGAGCGCACUGUGAAGGGCAUACCAGUGUUUGCGGGGCCGAUACUCAUUCUGUUCAUACGGCGCAUCGUGCAGAUAUGGUAUACGCGCAUUGCGAACGCUGAAGAAAAGGCUCUUGUGACGUUGCGCAAAGAGAAGGCAGAGAAAGUGACUGAGUUCAAGCAGAAGACGGGCUAUGACAAGACUCGCAAUCUCAUCGAGCGCUAUGACGAUCCACCCGCUGGAGGUGGCCCCGGUACGCCCCUGCGAAGACGGAUCCCCCAGGGCAUACCUGCGACCCCUCAGCGAGCCCCUCAAUCAACCCCUCCAAGGCCUGGUAACCCGGUGCCGCCUUCUCUGCAGCAACAUCUUCUAGCACCGCCCUCACAACCAAUGCCGCCACCACGGAAACAAUGGUUCGACAAACUCGCAGACGCAAUCCUUGGCGACGAAGACGGUGGCUCUGCAACUCCCGCGUCAUCACGCUACGCCCUCAUCUGUCAAAAGUGCUUCACCCACAACGGCCUUGUGAAGGAAAGUAUGUGGGAGGAUGCGCAAUACGUCUGUCCGAAGUGCGGUCACUUCAAUCCCUCAGUGCGUGCACAGCGUCAAGCCAGAGGGGCAUCCAAGUCCCUGUCCCCCGAUUCGCGCACCCCAGUAUCUGCACACGCCGUGUCGCCUACGCAGAACGGUCAGUCUCAUGCGUUCGCAUUGUCGGCUGGUGCGAAUGGUGCGCCGCGCGGGAGCGUAAGCCCUGUCAGUGACGGCCGGCGGCUGCGCGGUGAGGAGGAGGAUGCGAGCGUGAUGGAUGUGGACUCAUAGUUGCGUCGUCCUGGGUUUUCUGUAGGUAGGUCGUCGUCCUGGGUCCCGUGCUUAGUUUUGGUGGAUUGCGUUGCGUUCGUAUAAUAUAUUGCGCUUUCCCUGUUGUAUUUGAUUGAGGACGAGGAUACAGGACGCCUG